UAACGUCGACGUUGCAAAAACAACAUUCGAAAUGCUUCGAGUACAGUUCUUUGGGAAUAAGAUCAGUGUUCCAAAGAACAACAGAAUAUUACAAUCAAGCCGACCAUGCGUGUGAUUCUUGCCAACAGGUUUCGGCACCGAAGAAUGGUAGCAGCAGCAAUGAUGACGUCUACGCGUGCUCAGAAUUUUGAUUGCGAGUGUAAACUAUCUUUUUCUUCGGCAGUGUCAUCGCCGAAUGAUCAUACUCGGAACAUGCUAUUGGCUACGUCUGCAAGCACGCGGAGUUCAAGGCUCUUAUCUACGACGGCAUCCAAACAUGAGAGGAUAGACAAUGAUAUUUUGCAGCAACCUGCGAUUAAAAUUGUCGAGGUGAGUCCCCGAGAUGGUCUACAAAACGAGCCCCCACCAAUUGUAUCAGUAAAAGACAAAAUCGAAUUCAUUAGUAAAUUGGAUAACGCAGGCUGUUCGAAUAUCGAGGUGGGAGCACUCGUAUCACCCAGACUGGUUCCCCAAAUGAGCGGCUCGUCAGAUAUAUUGAAGGCUCUUCGAGAAAAAGAACACGAAAAGGAACUGUUGGACACCAAGGUCAGUAGGAGACCAACCUAUUCUGUCUUAGUCCCGAAUCUCGAAGGCUUACAGCAUGCAUUGGUGUCAGGGCGAGGAGUAAUAGACGAGAUUGCUAUUUUCAGUGCGACGAGCGACGAAUUUACCAAACGAAACAUUAAUGCGACAAUUGACGAGUCGAUUGAACGCUUUCAGGUUGUCAUAGAUCAUAUACAACAAGACUUCGAUAACGGGAGCAAUAAGCCCCCUGUAGUCAGAGGCUACGUAUCGACAGUUAUUGCAUGCCCUUACCAAGGGAUGAUUGAACCCAAGCAAGUUGCUCAUGUUGUUGAACGGAUGUUGGAUUUAGGCUGCCACGAAGUUUCUUUAGGGGACACUACAGGAGUGGGGACACCUUUGUCAACCAGACGAAUGUUAGAUGAAGUUCUGGUGAGCACUGCGUAAAACGAAAUUCUGAAUGGUGGAAGGAAAAAUUAUAUUUUUCGUGGAAUUUGCUUGAUCUAAAUUUGCAUACAGAUCUUUUUUACCAAAACUCAAAUGUUUUUACACUAACCUUUGCCUUUUUAUGCAAMUUCUACGAUGACAACGACAAUGACGCAAUAAAUAGAAUGUUGCACAGCCAUUCCAGCUGGCCAUGCACUGUCAUGACACAUAUGGACAAGCGUUAGCCAAUAUUUUGGUUGGUUUGGAAAAGGAGAUUUAUACAAUAGACUCUUCGGUUGCAGGGUUGGGGUGAGCACCAUUUUUUGUUGGUCAUUUGAACUCAUAGUGGAUUAGUCUCCUGCAAAACUAACUUUUCAAAACCUCCUUUUACUUCUUUUUCUACUAGGGGUUGUCCGUAUGCCAAGGGAGCUUCUGGAAACGUUGCUACAGAAGAUCUACUGUACAUGUUGUAAGUAAUUUUAUUGUGUUYGCAUUUGCCUUUCUGAAAAAAUGUUGUUUGUGUUCUGUUCCUCAUUUAAUUCUUAUUGCAUCAUUGUGUAUUUCAUGAAGGCAUGGUAUGGGUCUCUCCACUGGUAUUGAUUUGAAUAAAUUAUUGGAAGCUGGGAAGUUCAUUUGCAAUGCAUUGAACAACCGCCCAACUCAAAGUAAAGUGGCAAGAGCUCUGGAUUGCAAAUAGAGUCAUUGUAUACAAAUAGAAUAUUUUCUGCUCCUAUCAUCUGUGACUGAAAAAAAUUCUUCUAGGUAUGCAGCAUGAUACUUCACUGCUACUCCCGCUACUGGUAACUGUUGCUGUUGAUUGAAACAAGAAGCAAGGUAAUAUAUGAACCAGAUGUACUCCCCAAGCCCCAACAAACACACUGUCUUUUGACAACAAUAUCAAAAAUUGGAUCUUUAUUAAUGAAGUCACUUUUAUUAACAAAGGAAGUAAUAAAUUUAAUUAUUCUGU